AUGGAACCUCAGGAAGCCUUGACUUCGACACACGACUAUUUGCUCGCCCUUUCCAAGCGCCCAGAGCGAGUCUUCGGCUCCACGAAAGACAUUGAUAUUUCCGGCCGCGACACGGGCUGGCAGGAUCACAAAGAACUUAGUGAUAUGGACGUAAUUCUCCUGCGGGACACUUGGAACCGUCUAGGGUCGCUCAUUCCCUACCACUCCGGCGGAUUUUACAUACCUGGCUCCCUCUCCCCUGAAGCGCGAUACACGGCGUACUCUGUCCUCCAGAGCAAGGAGUUCGGCAUCCGGCAUACUGACAUGCAAAUGUCGCGUUUCGUCGUGCGGUGGGCGCGACCAGGCGACGAACAGAGUGACCUGACGCUGGCACUCACGGGAUGGGAACAUGCACACCGUGCGCCCUUGUGGUCUUGCGCGCGAAUGCCCCCUUGGCUCAUCCCGCACAUACACCCUUACGAACUCAUCACAUGGGAGGGUCAGCGGAAUGUCCGUCACUUCAUCUUCCAGAGCAUCUACCACAGCGAUUUCAUCCCGCGCGACGCAGCGUGGGAAUGGAUCGUCGCGUACGUUUAUGGGCACACGGAACGGUGGUUCGAGGGCCUGCUCGGAUCGCACUGGGCAUUCCGCGACUCGGCGGAGGUGCUGCUCGUUCGAUUGCGGGAGCACUGGCUGAGGGAGCGACCAGAUGUGCCGUUUCCGUUGGAGGUGGGGGGCCCGUAUCUCAGUGGUGUCCCAGUUCGACCGAAUGUCAUCGCAGAGCAGAAUAGAGGAAGGACUCAACGUCGACCUGGUCGUGAAUCGGGGGACAAGCCGAAGCUGCCACUGCCGCUGCCUGUUCCACCCGAGACCAAUAUGACCCUUGCUCAGAUGCAGGCCACCUUGAUGAAGCUGCGUGGGGACGUGGUGUACGAGCGUGUUCCAUGGCCGGAGAAGGGUAUUGGCCCAGAUCCAAACGACGUGGAUUGA